AUGUCUUCCUUCACCAGUGAAACGCCAGCAAUCACGCCACGUCAGAAAAUGCAAGGUCACUCCAACUGGGUAAAUGAUGUUGUGCAUCUGCACGGUGGAUGUCACAUCAUCACAUGUUCGACGGAUGGCUCACUCCGACUAUGGGACUUAGAGAGUGGUACACAGAUAGGAGAGGACUGGCAAGACGAGGAGGAUGAGGCAGGAGUGCGGUCCAUGGCAUUGUCUCCAAAUGGUAAGACAGUUGCAAGUGGAUGCGAUGACGGAAAAGUGAGGUUGUGGAACGUCGAGACGAGGGAGGUCAUCGCGAAAUGGACAGGACAUACCGAUCUUGUGGGUGCAUUGUGCUGGAGUGCAGAUGGUAGUCGAGUUACGAGCGGAUCCUGGGAUGGAACGACAAGAGUCUGGGAUGUCAUGAGCGGCGAAACUGUCCUGACGAUCGAAACCGGGCACCAGUGGGUGAACACGGUGAUAUACUCACCCGAUGCAACAAAAAUCGCAAUGGGCGGACGCAACGAGGAUGCAGUCAAAAUCUGGAACACCAAGCCAGUUGAACUGAUAUUCAACACAACCACUUGGGAGGAGGUCGCUAUCCUGGAGGGUCACACAACCCAUAUCAACGCCAUCACCUUGUCUCAGAACAACCGCCUCCUUGCAAGUGCAUCAUAUGGCAACACGGCGCGUCUAUGGAAUCUAGACACUGACCUCCCAAUUGGACCGCUCUUUCAACACGAAGAUGCAUUGUGGUGUGCAGCCUUUUCCGCUGAUGGAAAGCUGUUAGUCACUGGUUGCGAAAACAAAAACGCGUACACAUGGGACAUUUGCGCCAUUCUCAAAGAUGCAAGCCUUGAAGACCUCCUCCAACCUUUAUCUGAUGUUGCAACUCAAGAGUCAUUAAUGGACGCGGAUGCUACGCAGGCAGAAGGAAGUACGGUAACUAUCACCGUUCCUCUUCCCGCCGUCCCCGCCCUCCUCGCACCCUCUUUGGGGAGUGCGAGUGCGCUCUUUGGUCGCCUUUGGUCGCCUUUCCACCGCUCUCACCGGAAUACCAAUGAUGCGACCGAACUCCAGCAACGGCCAAGGCGGACCAUCUUCUCUCGUGGUCCUCGUAUCGUCGAAGUUGCUGCAGUGCGGGACAGGGAGGUUUUGUAUGUUGCUCCGCCGCCGCCACAAAAAACACAACAGCAAAGCCAAUCACAUGGCCAGGGAUCGUCCGCGACACAGCCUGCUCCAGGUACUGAUCCUAAUACACCACGUCCAAGACAUGCGUAUUCACUACCCGUCCGAUUGUUGGCUCAUCUCCAAGGCCGACCACAAGGUCAAGCCCAGGGCCAGGCGUCAUCAUCGCAGACUCAGCCUGCAGCCCCCUCAACAUCCACGACCCCUCCUGCUCCUGCUCCUGCUCCUGCUCCUGCUCCUGCUCCUGCUCCUGCUCCUGCUCCUGCUCCCAGUACUACCGCAUCAGGUGCAGCGGCCAUGCAGUUACGCCCUCUUCCAUUGCGAGCUCGCUUCGUGCUGUUUCUUUGCUGUGCAUAUCCCCCACACGCCGAUAGUCAUUAA